AAUAGCCAUGUCACAAAUAAUCAACAUGGCGACGUCCUUACAGCGCCUUACCUCCGCUGGGAGAUAUCUUGUAAAAAGAAAUGUAUUGAAGAAUAAUGUCUUAACCAGGUCCAUAGUUGGAUCACACAGACUAUUGGCUACGCAGGCCGCCAACCAAGUGAUGUUAAAUGUCCCUGAAACCAAGGUUACCACCUUAGAAAAUGGACUACGUGUUGCAUCCGAGGAUUCCGGUCUUUCGACGUGCACAGUUGGUCUCUGGAUAGAUGCAGGGAGUCGUUAUGAGAAUGAGAGGAACAAUGGUACUGCUCAUUUCUUGGAACACAUGGCCUUCAAGGGUACAAGGAAGCGCUCACAGCUUGACCUGGAGCUGGAGAUUGAAAAUAUGGGGGCCCACCUGAACGCUUACACAUCGAGGGAGCAGACUGUGUAUUACGCCAAAGCAUUCACAAAGGACCUUCCCAGAGCGGUAGAGAUCCUGGCUGACAUCAUCCAGAACAGCACAUUGGGGGGAGCGGAGAUCGAGCGAGAGCGAGGGGUCAUCCUCCGAGAGAUGCAGGAAGUGGAGACCAACCUGCAGGAAGUUGUGUUUGACUACCUCCACGCCACAGCUUAUCAAGCCACAGCGCUGGGCAGAACCAUCCUGGGCCCUACGGAGAACAUCAAAACAAUAAACAGAGGAGACCUUGUUGAAUACAUCACUACUCACUACAAAGGACCGAGAAUAGUGUUGGCUGCUGCUGGAGGGGUUUCACACAAUGAAUUGAUAGAUUUGGCCAAGUACCACUUUGGGAAUCUUCCUGCAAGAUACAAGGGAGAGGCGCCAACCUUCCCACAAUGUGAUUUUACAGGAAGUGAGAUCCGGGUUCGUGACGACAAGAUGCCCCUGGCACACAUUGUCAUUGCUGUGGAAGCAGUGGGCUGGUCGCACCCCGAUACCAUUCCCCUUAUGGUGGCAAACACACUCAUCGGCAACUGGGACCGCUCCUUUGGUGGAGGUGUGAAUCUCUCCAGCAAGCUGGCGCAGAUGGCAUGCCAGGGCAACCUGUGCCACAGCUUCCAGUCUUUCAACACCUGUUACACCGACACAGGCCUGUGGGGACUCUACAUGGUGUGUGAGCCUGGCACCAUCAACGAGAUGAUGCACUUCACACAGCUGGAAUGGAUGUCACUCUGCACUAGCGUUACUGAGAGCGAAGUUGCGAGAGCCAAGAACCUCCUCAAGACAAACAUGCUUUUGCAUCUUGACGGAUCCACCCCCAUCUGUGAGGACAUCGGCAGACAGAUGCUUUGUUACAGCCGUAGGAUCCCUCUGCAUGAACUGGAGGCCAGAAUUGAUGCCAUAGAUGCAAAGACCAUCAAGGACGUGUGUACAAAAUACAUCUAUGACAAAUCGCCUGCCAUCGCAGCAGUCGGACCAAUUGAGCAGCUCCCAGACUACAACCGAAUUCGCAGUGGGAUGUACUGGAUGAGAACCUGAGAAUUGGCGCUGUCUUUAGAGACUUAGGAAAGUCCUUCUUGGUGCGUCCGGGCACAGCGGCAGCGAUCUUCUCCCACCUCUCUGGGGUGCUGACUGGGUAGGUCUUCAAGGCCUGCUCAAGCAGCUUCUGCUCCUCAGUGGUCCAGGAUGCAGUGUUGGCUUCAGCACCUGAAGCAGCAAGAAUUUAAUAAGGAGGACAGUGAGUGGCUAACACUGAAACAUGUCCAGAAAGAACCCAUAGUCACACUAUCGUGCCCCCCCCUCCCCCUUUUCAGUCAUGGGUAUAAAUCCAAUGGGCUUUUGUGCAAGAAAAAAUUAACUACUGAUCACCACUCACCGUCAAAUCUCUCAGAGGGCACUGCGUUGUCGACUGUCUGUGGCACAGCUGCAUGCUCUUUGUUGAACUUCUCAAAGGCCUUCUUGUUAAUCUCAUCUUUCUGCCCGGGUUCUGAAAAAGUGGCAAUAAAUAGUCUCAAAAGUAUUGUUUUGCAGAGAAUUACUCGGACAAUGACUCUGGUGACAUGACAGUUGCUCACCAAGCUUUUGUAAGUUCUUGGCUUUGUUGAUGACAUCUUUGGCCGUCCUUUUGAUGCCACUGGUGGAGUGCAAGUUCAUGUAGUUGGCAAUGACUUCCCAUCUACAGGAUAGAAAGAACAAAAGAUGAAUCACUUAAAGUAAAAGCAUGAAAGCUGCAAGGCCUUCUACACCAGCAGUGGAAUUUUCCGCUUCCUGAACAGAACACAGCCAAAUUCAUUAGGCCAACGUUGCAGAUAGAAAUCUCAUAAAUUGAACUUUUACCAUUUAUAGCCUCAAAUUGUACCAUUGUUUAAAUGUAUGUCUCUACUACUGUUGUUUCCCCAUGAGCAGUAUCAAUAAAACAUGUAAAUACAGAAAAUGUCAUGAA